AUGGGAGCGGGUUGCUCGGGCACAAAAGCAACUGAAACCACCAAUUCAGUUAACAAGAUUACAAUAAACUCGGCGGCGAAGGAACACCUUAAAACACUCAAUCCUAAUUCAUAGCUUGACAAGGAUAAAGUUUAGAAACUUAUGAAGAAAGAUGAAGAUCAUGGCGAUCGCGAUCUACGAGAUCUUGACAGUAGUUCCAGUGCCUCUAUCAAUCAGCGUAAGCAUUAGAAGUUGUGGGACGCAGUUGAGACAAACGACAUAAAGUAGGUUGAAACGAUUCUUAACAAACUGGGCGAUUCCAAUUCACUUGAGGACUCAGAUUUGUACGAUUCCCUAGGAAACUCUAUGGUCCACAAGGCGGCUUCAAUGGGACACGCUGAGAUACUCAUGCUGCUGUUAGAAAGAACGGGCAUCAAGCCAGAUUUAGUAAACGCUCAACUGGCAACUCCAUUGCAUUUGGCUUGCAAAAAUAAUAGGGAAAGUGUAGCAAGGUUUCUGAUAGGAUGUGGAGUAGAUGUUAACAUGCAGGAUGAGCAUGGACAGACACCUUUACUGAUAUGCUGCAUACAUGGACACCAAGAAAUGGCUUAGCUUAUCGUUGAUAGCAGUUAGGCAGGACAUACUCCAGAGCCUCUUGAAGUAGAUCUAAAGGAUCACAGAGGACUUACUCCAUUAAACUGUGCAGGAAUUAAAGGUGAUCUGAAAUUAACAAAGCUGCUCAUAGAAAAAGGAGGAUCUAAUAUUGAAGAGUCAUCACCCAAAGGCUGCACUCCUUUACUGUAUGCUGCCAGAGGGGGAUAUCACGAAGUGGUGAGAUACUUACUAGAAAGAGGCUCUUCACCCCUUAAGCAAGAUACCAGUGGAGGAACAGUGCUGCAUCACGCUAUCGAGAAAGCCCAUUUGGAAGUGUGGUAAGUCUUGAUUGAGCACGGUAUAGAUGUAUAUUCAGCCAUCGAGAUUGCUGAUAACGGUGGACGGACUCCUAUAUUUGAAGCCAUUGACAACAACUGCUCAGCUGAGAUGCUUAGAUUUUUAACUAAAAAAAGAGGAAAGGGAGGAUUUGGAGCAAGAGUCAAUGUACUUAACUACAGCGGACAGACACCCUUAUUUGGAGCAGUGAGAGAAGGCAACUUGGAAAACAUCUAGGUUUUAGUUGAAGAGGCAGGGGCUAAAGUAGACUUGACUGGCGGCGAAGUUUAGAAGGACAAUGACAAUGACCAUGAGCAUCAGUAGGAAGAGGAGCAGUACGAUUCACUGGAGGAGAAGUACUUCAUGGAGGCUUAUAAGAAUGCGACCACUCCGCUGCAUCUAGCAAGCAUCCUUGGGCACGAUAACAUCAUGCACUAUUUAAUUGAAAAGGGAGCCAACCCUAACUAGCAGACUAAUAUUAAGGGCUACACUUGCUUACACCUAGCAGUGCUCUCAAACAAACCAGAGAUCAUAAUAGAGUUGCUGACCAAGACCAACGCUAAUCCUCAGUUGCCUGACUAUAGCGGUCGUACGCUGACUGAUAUGGUGGAGAUAUUCAUUCCUGACUACUUAGAACCAAUUAACACUCUGUUGGAGAAUCUUCAUAUAGAAAGACUCAAGAAUGCUCAAGGAGAGGCAUCAGUUGUUGCAACACACUACUAUAAUCCAGAUGAUGAAAGGGAGAUAAAGGGUGUUGCUGAUCCUGAGUAGAUUCAAUAGUUCUAUCAAAAUAAACAAGAAGAUGAAAGUCCUGAAAAGUUAAAUGCAGAUCUUGAUUAGUAAAUGACUGAUAGAGGUGACGGCAAGGCUAACGCUUCAAAGAAGUUCAUGGAGAUGUAGGAUUCAGAGAUUGAGGUGGAAGAGGGAAGACCCUAUGAGCGGGACAUCGAGUCAAUCUUUGGUAGAAAGAUAUCCCUAGGUCUAAUUGCUUUGAACUGGAAGUUUAAGGAAACAGCUCUCAAGAUUAUUUACAAGCAGGCAGAGAAGUAUCUGACAAAAGAAACCGACUCUGGAGUGAGUCUCAGUGACUUCGUCAAAGCCUGCACUAUAGCCAUAGAUCUGACAAGCAAAGAGAAGGUCAUCAAAGUUCUUAACAUAUCACUUCAGUUGCUUAAUUUGCUGAUUACCUCAGCUAAGUUGGAGCAGUCCAGUGCAAUAGAGACGUUUAAGAAGACCUUUAUUGACAGAAUAAUCGUACUCAAAUUGCUCUAGAAGUCUGAGGAGGGCAACACCAGAAUGACUAAUAAGAUUCAUGAGUGUCUCCUAGAUUUCAGUUUCCAUCCUAAGAUUGGUGAGGCUCACGUAUCCUCCUUUAUUCUUCAAAGGAUUCAGGCUCACAAUAAAGCCUCUAAUAUCAAAUCAUUAUAAGAGGAAAACGGAACAGCACCUGAGAAAAAGAUAUAGACUCUUGGCGAAGCAGCUCUUGGAUCUUAUAAAGGCUUGCUAGCAUAAUUGGCUUUGCUUUACAAAUUCGUGAAUUCAUUUGGAGUUAGUGUGAAAAAGAGAGGUCCAUUGAAUGUCAAGGACAUUAUCAACUCGAUAUUGCCAUCACUCACUCAUCAAAGUCAGGAUGUCAGGAAUGCCAGUACUAAGAUUUUGUUGGAUAUUUAAAGACUCUCAGGCGCUGUUAAGGAAGAUCACCUAAUGACCAUCAAUGAUAAAAUCAAAGCUGCUCUUUUGGAAAAGAUCACUCAGGUUGUAAUUGAACCUAGCUAAAAUCAAAACUAAAAAGAAGAUGAUGACCAGUCCAUGCUUGAGUAUUCAUAAGAUGAAAACGAUCUAAACUCAACGUAGAAAAUGGGUACUGCCACACUCGAGCAGAUCAAUGAGGCCUAAGAGAAGAUGGUAGAGAAGGGACAGUCUAAGGAUUGGUAGGAGAGAGAUCUUGCGCUAAGGAGUAUGAAGGAAGCCUUUGAGACUGGCACUAAAAAGACUUUGCUUUAAGAGGAGUUCCUGACGAAUUGCACUGUACUGCUUAAGAGUUGUUUCGAGGAAAAUAACAUCUCACUAUAUCUCUCAGCAGUUGAAGUGGCUUAACUAUUUUUCUAAAAGGCUAUAUUUAGUGACACAGUCAUUGGCUCACUCACAAGUCUUUUGAAACCAUUAGUUCUUAAAACUACUGAUACCAACACCAGAGUUAGAAAGAAGUCUGUAGACUUGAUAUUCAUGAUAUGGAACUUCUAGAAUCUCUCUUAAAACACUGAAAGGAAUGUGCUGACUAAUAAGGCACCAGAUCAAAGCAAAAGAGAUCAGAUAAGUUCUAUGAUUGCAGAUGUUAUUUGUGAUUAAACUCUGCAAGAAAAAGCAAUUAUUGGUAGAUUAGGUCUUUUCAUUAAGAGAGGCUCAACCAUUGAAACUGCAGAAGAUCUAAGUAGUAAACCACAUUAACUGAUCUUAGGGAAGAACUACGAGCAGUUGAUUGAGUUUGCAUGUCAGUGGGUAACACACAAGAACACCAAGGUGAGACAGAACUCCCUUAAGCUCAUCUUAGAAGUUUGUAGGAUAAAUUCAAUUGAUCCGAGAGGCUUGCCUUUCAAGUAGAGAGUCUUGAACUACAUCCUUGGAUUAAGACCAUAGCUUAGAGAUCCACUGGUUAAAAAGAUAAAUGAGAUAUGUACUUAAGAGGAGGGGGCUCAGCCAUACAUUGAUGUAAAUGAAUUGGAGUUAAACGUAGCAACUAAGAAUAGAUCAGUAAGUAUGGAUGUUCACAACAAAAGAAAGCUACAAGAUAACAACUCACCUGCUAAAGCUAAUAAUUUGCCAGAUAUUGGUGGAAAAGCUGGAAUUGGAUUACCCUAAGUUCAAAGUAAUCAAGGAGUGUAACCCACUAUUGUAUUGCCACAUGCAGAGCCAUUGACUGAUGAGUAAAAGUAAAAAUAAGCUCACUUAAUCUAACUCUUUGGCCCUGAAAUAAUUACUUGCUUCAAUUCACAGUUUUGGUCUGCAAGACAAGCAGCUAUUGAGAAAGUCAAUGAGCAAUUAUUCAAUCUUGAUCCAAACAGAAGAGACGCUAUGAGUGGAGAAAUCAAUAGAAAGAACUUCCCAAUUGAAGAGAACUUUAUGGUGUUCCUAGACUUCAUAGAAGAAGGCUGCAAAGAUCCAGUCCUUAAAAACUUCAUCAGUGUUCUUGAACUCAUGCAAAAAGCAUUGCCUAUAUUCUUCAGAUACCUCUAGCCAGCUUCAAUUAAAAAGGAACUGAUCCCACUUGUCUCAAAUAUCAUUAAGAAAACAGCAGAUCUCAAGGCAAAAGUUAGAGAAGCAUCAAUCAACUUCUGUUUAUAUCUUUCUCAUCAGUCUCCAAUCGGACCUGAGACUAUGGUGACCUAGGUCUUGACUGAAAUUGAGGCAGUACUAGAUUAGAGCACUGGUAGCAAUGUAGCAACUAGCCUUGGCAAUUCUCAUAUGAUAUCAUCUUGUCUUAAGCUUCUAAAUACAUUCCAGCAAGAAACCAAGAUACUAGAAAAGCAAAAGACAAACUAGCCUCUAUUUACAAGAUUCCUGUCAGUCAUAAACUCUAGUUUGAGGCAUCAAAAUCCACAGGUAAGGAAAGAGGGAGAAGCCUUGUUCAAGACACUUUAUGCUGAGUUUGGAGAUAAACUUGACUCACUCCUUGUCAAUUAGAAGUCCUAAAUAUCAACUAAACUGUUGCAAGAGGCCAAGGUUGAAACUGGAGGUGCGGUGUAAUAGUAACAAUAGGAGUAUAAUCUGCAGAGAGCUCAAACAUAAAUAAGGACCGAUGUUAUCAAUCAUUCCUAAUUAAACACAAUAUUGAGUGGCGUUUAAGAGCAAAUUCAAAAUUUGAAACUUCCAAAUCCCAAAAAGAGACUAAAGGCAAUUAUUGAAAUCAAGAAGGCAAUUUAGAAGUAAGUAGUGAAUGUUUCUCAAAAAACAGCAAGAGACAUGUUUGAGCCACUGUCAAUUCUUAUGAGAUAACUGCUUCAAGACGAUAACCCAGAGAUAUAUCUAGAGACUCUUAAUAUGCUUAAAUUUGUUGUCAGCUCAUUAGCCCCACAUUUGUCUACACUAGACUUGCACCUCAUGCUUGGCUCAUUUAUAAGUAUCAUAGUCAGUAAUACUGUAAGCAGCAAUAUUAGAACUCAAAUGGCAAGUGAUAAGGUUAUUAUCUUCUUUGCUAAGCAUAAUAACAUUGGACCAUUCGUAGUAGCCAAAGAUAUCAUUAAGAACAUUGAGAAAGUUAUCAAAGCCAUCUAGGCACAGGUUAAGAAAGAUGAUCAAAUAGCUUUACUCUAGGAUAAGAAGCCAACUUUGCUAAGAUUUCUCAGUAUCCUCUAGUUGCUAAUCUAGCAUUUCUCCAUAGUAUUAUGCUAUCAAGCAGAUUUCUAUGACAAGUGCAUUGAGUUAAUAGCUGAUACAAUGAUUAUGUCAAGUGAUGAUUAAUCUAUCAAGAAUCUUUGUGUGUAACUUAUCGUAUGCUUACAAGCCAUUGACUAUAAACUGCUUGAUGCCUCAGUUGCUAAAAUGGAUGUAGCUAGAAAGACCCCUCUUAAAAAGACUUUAAUUGAACUUGAUAAUUAAUAGAGAUAGGGCAAAAAUGUGAUUACUUAGGAUCAUCAUGCGUUUGUCUCAAUGGGAGGACCUGUGGAUCAAACUCCAGGGCCAGACUUUGGAAAGACCAGAGGAAGUAUUGUAUCAACAUCUCGAACCAGCUUAUUUUCUCCAGGCAGUACUAUGAGAGGUCAAUCUCCAGGAUUCAAUUCAAGUUAGCAUGAGUGGUCAAAAAAGAGUAUUGAAGUGCUUAACCAAUAGAUUAAUGCAAAUCCUUUUAAAAACAGUCAGCCUAGUGAGAGCAGAGCAAUGAGAAGGAUGAUCUCAAUGGACAAUGACAGAGGCUCUUAAAGUGUAGUAGGACAAAGCAUGCAAACUAAGUAGUUUAGAGAUGCCACCAAUUAGGGAGAUGUUGUUUUACCUGAUAUUUCUAACCCAAUGGUGAGCACUAACUAUAACUAGAAAUUCGGAGUACAAUAAAGUCCUCUGGGUCACACAGGUAUGCAAAUAGCUCCUAAAAUGUCCUUAACUUCAACUGGCGGUGCUGGCUUCAAUAGUGGAGCUGCUGGUUAUAAUGCGGGAAGACCUUAGUUAAGAACAAUAUAGAAUGAAAGUAGUAUAGGUAUGAUGGGAGGUGCUGGCAUCGGUGGCCCAAUUAGACCUCCUCUGUAUGUACCAACUAAAAGAGACAGUGGAAGAGUAUCUAAUCAAUCAAGCUUGACUUCUUCAAAUCAGCAAUAGCCAACUGUAAUAGAUUAAGGCUUUAAACAAUUUAAAACUGAGUUCAAUAGUAAUCUCUACUCUAAUGCUCCAGUUUAAACUUUAACUCAGACGAAUACUACUGCUAGUUAUCAGAAGAAGCCAACAAUAACAUAAAAUUCUAUAUUCAAAGCUUAGGCACCAACACUGUAAUUCGAGGCAGGAGUCAAAAGAUACUAAGAGGCAUCAAAAGAUUAGAAUAAAGGACCACUUGGAGGAUCUGAUUUUUGA